CCAUUCCGAAUAUGCGAUCCUCUCUUCUAUUUCUUCUUCUUGUUCUUCGAUCUUACGCGAAGCCUCGGCUCUGUGUAUCAUUUCGAUAUUCUCGAGGAUUCGCGUGGAUCAAAACCUUGUUUCCUUGUAAAAGAAGCAACCCAUCGCCGGAUUUAGGUUAUUGAGAUUCGUGUGUCUUUCAAAUGGAGAGCGAGAGGGUUGAGAGAGAAGAGAGUGAAUUUCAAGAAGAUGUAUCGAUAGAUUCGAGAAAACCACCGCCGUGGAGGAAACAGAUCACGGUUCGAUCCAUCGUCGCGAGUUUAUUGAUUGGGAUUGUCUACAGUGUGAUCUGUCUGAAGCUGAACCUAACGACAGGACUCGUCCCGAAUCUGAACAUCUCUUCAGCUCUCUUGGCUUUUGUCUUUAUCAAAUCUUGGACCAAAGUUCUCCAAAAAGCAGGAAUCGUCACCACUCCUUUCACACGUCAAGAGAACACUGUUGCUCAGACUUGUGCUGUUGCAUGUUACAGCAUCUCUCUUGCAGGUGGAUUCGCAUCGUACCUGCUUGGUUUAAAUAGACGAACGUAUGAGCUUACGGGAGAAAACACUGAAGGAAACAAUCCUCGUGGUAUAAAAGAGCCUGGUGUUGGAUGGAUGACCUCAUUCCUCUUUGUUACCAGCUUCAUUGGACUAGUCGUAUUGGUACCUCUUCGAAAGGUGAUGAUUAUAGACUACAAGCUAACGUAUCCGAGUGGAACAGCAACAGCUGUUCUUAUAAAUGGAUUUCAUACUAGCAAAGGAGAUAAGACAGCCAAGAAACAGAUUCGUGGGUUUGUGAAUUCGUUUGGUUUGAGUUUCUUUUGGGCGUUCUUUGGAUGGUUCUAUUCAGGUGGUGACGGAUGUGGAUUCUCUCAGUUCCCUACAUUUGGAUUACAAGCUUGGAAAAAAUCAUUCUUCUUUGACUUCAGUAUGACAUAUGUUGGAGCUGGGAUGAUCUGUUCUCAUUUGGUGAAUCUAUCAUUGCUCUUUGGUGCGAUCCUUUCAUGGGGAAUAAUGUGGCCUCUCAUAGCCCGGCUUAAAGGUGAAUGGUUCCCUGCAACAUUGCCAGAGAGUAGCAUGAAGAGCUUAAAUGGCUAUAAGGUGUUUAUAUGCAUUGCAUUGAUAUUAGGAGAUGGGAUUUAUAACUUUCUCAAGAUACUUUUCUUCACUGGGAGAAGCUUUCACUCUAGACUCUCAAAAACCAACAGCAUCAACACAUUGGUAGAGGUUCCAGAAGAUGGCACAAAAGAAUCUGAUAACCUGAAACGAGAGAAUGAAGUAUUUGUUCGAGAGAGUAUUCCGCUAUGGAUGGCUUGUGUGGGAUACUUAUUCUUCUCCAUUGUCUCCAUCAUUGCCAUCCCUCUGAUGUUCCCUCAGUUGAAAUGGUACUUUGUCCUCGUAGCUUACCUCCUUGCUCCGUCUCUCAGCUUCUGUAACGCCUAUGGGGCUGGCUUAACUGAUAUGAACAUGGCUUACAACUACGGUAAAGCGGCACUCUUUGUGAUGGCGGCAUUGGCUGGGAAAAACGAUGGUGUGGUUGCAGGAAUGGUCGCUUGUGGUCUCAUCAAAUCAAUCGUCUCUGUCUCGGCUGACCUGAUGCACGAUUUCAAGACGGGACAUCUAACGCAAACCUCUCCCCGAUCGAUGCUUAUUGCACAAGCUAUCGGGACAGCGAUAGGCUGUGUGGUUGCGCCGCUUACCUUCUUUCUUUUCUACAAGGCCUUUGAUGUUGGAAACCCAGACGGUGAGUACAAGGCUCCUUAUGCUAUCAUAUACAGAAACAUGGCAAUUCUCGGUGUUCAAGGUCUCUCGGCUCUCCCCGAACAUUGCCUGGACCUUUGCUAUGCGUUCUUUGCAUUUGCGAUUUCUGCCAAUCUUGCAAGAGACUUCUUGCCAGAGAGGCCAGGGAAGUGGAUACCUCUCCCGAUGGCAAUGGCUGUACCAUUCCUGGUCGGAGGUUCGUUCGCAAUCGAUAUGUGUAUCGGGAGUUUAGUGGUAUUCGUUUGGCAGAAGGUGAACCAUAAGAAGGCAGAUGUGAUGGUUCCAGCUGUUGCAUCAGGUUUGAUAUGUGGAGAUGGUCUCUGGAUUCUACCUUCUUCUUUGCUGGCUCUGGCUAAGGUUAAACCACCUAUCUGUAUGAACUUCACUGCGGCUCAUUAAGGCAAAGAGAUUUUACCGACAAAACCCGAACUCAUUGCCAGAGGAAUGUAUACUAGAUGUGGUUAGAUUAGGAGUAGACAGUUAAAAGAGGGAUUAAACCUCAUAUACAUGUGUCUUAUAUGAUAUUUAAACUUUUUGAAUAAGAAUGAACAGAAAUAGAGUUGGUUUA